CCUGUCGGUCAGAGGCGGGCGGGCGUCUUCCAGUUGGUUUUGCCAGGUCUCAGUGUCAGCUCCGCUGUCAGCUGCGAAAGUGCCUUGGCCUUUUAGGUGGAAGAUGCCGGAAAGCAACGUCGCAGAGCCCAGCGACAGAAAUGAGGGAGAGGUGUCUGGUGCUAAAGUCAUCGCCCAGGCCCUGAAAACGCAAGGUGUGGAGUACAUGUUUGGCAUUGUAGGCAUCCCAGUAACCGAAAUCGCCUUUGCUGCCCAGGAGCUGGGCAUCAGGUACAUCGGGAUGAGGAAUGAGCAAGCGGCUUGUUAUGCUGCCUCCGCGAUUGGAUAUCUGACAGGCAGGCCAGGAGUAUGCCUUGUUGUUUCUGGCCCAGGUCUUAUCCAUGCCUUAGGUGGUAUGGCGAAUGCAAACAUGAACUGUUGGCCCUUGCUUGUGAUUGGUGGUUCCUCUGAAAGAAAUCAAGAAACGAUGGGAGCUUUCCAGGAGUUUCCUCAGGUUGAAGCUUGUAGAUUAUAUAGCAAGUUCUCUGCCCGGCCAGCCAGCAUAGAAGCUAUUCCUUCUGUUAUUGAAAAGGCAGUGAGAAGCAGUAUCUAUGGCCGUCCAGGUGCUUGCUAUGUUGACAUACCUGCAGAUUUUGUGAACCUCCUGGUGAAUGUGAAUUCUAUAAAGUACACAGAGUGCUGCAUGUCACCUCCUGUUAGCAUGGCAGAAACUCCUGCUGUAUGUAUGGCAGCAUCUGUUAUUAGGAAUGCCAAACAGCCCCUUCUUAUCAUCGGGAAAGGUGCUGCUUAUGCUCAUGCAGAGAAGAAUAUCAGGAAAUUGGUGGAGCAGUGUAAAUUGCCAUUUUUGCCUACCCCUAUGGGGAAGGGUGUGGUCCCUGACAACCAUCCAAACUGUGUAGGUGCAGCCAGAUCCAGGGCUUUGCAGUUUGCUGAUGUAAUUGUGUUACUUGGUGCCAGACUAAAUUGGAUUUUACAUUUUGGACUGCCUCCAAGAUACCGGCCAGAUGUGAAGUUUAUCCAGGUUGAUAUCUGUGCAGAAGAAUUGGGGAAUAAUGUAAGGCCUGCUGUGACUUUGCUAGGAGACAUAAAUGCUGUCACUAAACAGCUUUUAGAAGAAUUUGAUAAAAUACCAUGGCAGUAUCCUCCAGAGAGCAAGUGGUGGAAAACUCUGAGGGAAAAAAUGGACAGCAAUGAAGCUGCAUCUAAGGAAUUAGCUUCCCAAAAAUCCCCGCCUAUGAAUUAUUACACAGUAUUCUACCAUGUUCAAGAACAACUACCCAGAGAUGGUUUUAUUGUAAGCGAAGGAGCAAAUACGAUGGACAUUGGACGCACUGUGCUUCAAAACUACCUUCCUCGUCACAGGCUUGAUGCUGGUACUUUUGGAACAAUGGGAGUUGGUUUGGGAUUUGCUAUUGCAGCUGCUGUACUAGCUAAAGAUAGAAGCCCUGGGCAGCGGGUCAUCUGUGUGGAAGGCGACAGUGCGUUUGGGUUUUCUGGCAUGGAGGUGGAAACCAUCUGCAGGUACAACUUGCCGAUCAUAAUCUUGGUGGUGAAUAAUAAUGGAAUUUACCAAGGUUUUGAUACAGAUACUUGGAAUGAAAUGUUAAAAUCUCAAGAUGCUACGAUAGCGGCCCCUCCAGCGUGUCUUCUGCCAAACUCUCAUUAUGAGCAGGUCAUGAUUGCAUUUGGAGGCAAAGGGUAUUUUGUACAAACACCAGAAGAACUGCAAAAAUCCUUGAGGCAAUCCCUAGCAGACACAACUAAACCCUCUCUUAUCAACAUCAUGAUUGAGCCACAAGCCACACGGAAGGCCCAGAUUCGGGGGACUGGCAGAGAGGAUGCACAAGAAACCAAGGAGCCCUGUGAAAAGGAAGUCACACUAAGGAAAGAGAACACUGGUAUGGGCAAGCUCAAUUCUAGAAGAGCAGAUGAGUGGGAGACAGUGGCGGUUUUGAAAUGUGUCUACAGAUUCCUUAGUGCUCCUCCCUUCAAGUGGUGCAGCUUGAUUCUCCUCUCAAGUGUGGCCUGGACUUAGUGAUUUGGCUCUAGUGAUGGUGUGUCACUUAAGGAGCAGGUCAUCACAGGCAUCGUGGCGCUUCCCUUUUUCUUGCUCUUGGAUCACUUGCUCUUGGGGAAGCCAGUUUACAUGUCAUGAAGACACUCAUGAAGCACUAUGAUGAAGUCUGUGUGACAAGGAACCAAGAUUUCUUCCAGCCCAGCCAAGGCUUCAGAUAACUGCAGAGACUGAGCAGACUGCAACCUCCUGCCGCCUCCUGCAGCCUGAUUCAGAGGCCCUGUCUCCACCCUCUGCCCACCUCUCAUGCCCACUCCUGCGUUAGAGGCUACAGUUUCAGUCUGGAUUAUACUUAAUAUGCUUUUUAAAAGGUCUUUGUGGGAAGUUUGG